AUGGAUAAAUCCCGUGCGCUCCUCCAGCACUUCCAGUCCAGCUCCGAGUCGGUGAUGAACGGCAUCUGUCUGCUGCUGGCCGCAGUCACAGUCAAGCUGUGCUCCUCCUUCGACUUCAACUGCCCCUGCCUGGAACGCUACAAUGCCCUCUAUGGCCUGGGCCAGCUGCUCGCGCUCCCAGCUGCCCUUUUCCUCUGCAGCCUCCUGGCCAACCGGCAGUCUGUGGUGAUGGUGGAGGAGAGGCGCCGGCCUGCGGGGCACCGAAGGAAGGACCCAGGCAUCGGCAGGUUCCUCUGCUCCCUGUUCUCUGUGCUGCAGAGAGCACUGGCCGCCCUUGUCUGGAUCCUGCUGGCUCUCCUCGAUGGGAAGUGCUUCGUGUGUGCCUUCAGCAGCUCCGUGGACCCCGACAAGUUUCUAGACUUUGCCAACAUGACCCCCAGCCAGGUGCAGCUCUUUCUGGCCAAGGUGCCCUGCGAGGAAGAUGAGCUGGUCAGGGACAGCCCCGCUCCGAAGGCAGUGUCUCGCUACCUGCGGUGCCUGUCACAGGCCAUCAGCUGGGGUAUCACCCUGCUGCUGAUCAUCGUGGCCUUCCUGGCCUGCUGUUUGAGGCCCUGCUUCGACCAGACAGUCCUCAUGCAGCGCAGAUACUGGAGCAACUACGUGGACCUGGAGCAGAAGCUCUUCGACGAGACAUGCUGUGAGCACGCGCGGGACUUCGCACACCGCUGCGUGCUGCACUUCCUCACCAGCAUGCAGAGCGAGACGUGGGCACGGGGGCUGCGCCGGACCUCCGCGGGCAGGGGUCCGGAGACCCCUGAGGUGCCCGAGCCCUGCGAGGGCCUGGACGGUGGAAGCGGGAAAGCCCACCUGUGCGCAGUCUUCAGUCAGGAGAAGGUGGACCACCUCCUGAGCACCUGGUACUCCAGCAAACCACCACUUGACCUCACGGCAUCUCCUGGACUCUGGGGGGGUGGCACCAGGCCGCCCCAGCACACCAACGUGUAA